CAUAACCUAAAAAAAAUUUAAGUGUCAUAAACAACAAUUUUGUUAAAUAUGUAUUAAGUGUUUAAAAAAAACUACUUUAAGUGUACUUUAUGUUUGUUAGCUACUUUUAAUAAAUUAAUUAACUUUAAAAUAUAUGUACUAUCGCAUAAGUGAUAUAAAAACCGCCAAACAUUUUUAGCUAUGACAAAACGAAGUAAUGUAUAUCAAGAAAGUGCUUCAAAAAAACUUAAAUUAGAAGAAACGAAUAUUGACGCUUUAUGGGGCGAAGAUUUAAACCCGGACGACCUUGAAGAUUGCCUUUUAUUAGCUUCACAAGUUUGCGAACAAAACACUCCUGGGCCUAUUCAAAGAAAUAACGUUUCAAUUCUUCCCAACUACAGUUUUUUUCAACAAAAUGAUAUUAUUACAUCCACUCAAACUACCUCAAAUGGAGUGUCAAACCCCCUUAAAACAAAGCCUAUUAAUUCGGAAGACUUACAAGACGAAAUUAAAAAGUUAAAAACUGAUUAUACAAUAAAAGAAGGUGAAAUAACUAUGCUAAGGGAACAAUUAAAGCAGGUUCGUUUAAACCUGACCGGUGAGCAUCAAAAAAAAGAAAAGGAAUGGAUGGAGAAAAUACAACUGAUAAAUAAAGAAUUACUUUCAACAAAAAGUGAUUUAGAUUUUAAAAACUUAGAAGUUGUUAAUUUAAAGCAUAAAAUCAGUGAAGUUACCAAACACGGGGAUGUUACUUUAAAUGGAAUAUUGAAUUUAUCUCAAAAUGUGAAGAAUAAAAAUAUUCGAGAUGAUGAUUUAAAGCUUAAUAACUAUUGUGGGGAACUUAUAGAUUAUCCUUUAAGAAAUAAGAUUGAUGAGGAUAUAUUUAAACUAUCAAAAAUCGAACAUUUUUAUGAUUUCAAAUUGAAUUUAAAUAAAUACAAUGUUCAAGAUGAACAAAAAAUUCAUCAACAAUAUAAAGCAAGUUGCGAAUAUAAUCACUUUAAAUUUGACGAUUUGUUUUCUUCGUUUUCUGUUUUGUUAAAUUGUACCCAAAACGAUUUAAAUAAUGAUUGUUAUACAGAAAUUAUUGAUAAAAUCUUUUCUUCUACAUUGCAAUUAAUAAAAAGUUUCUUAAAAAAUUUGGAUGUUUUAGAACAAGAUGUUCAAGAAGAAACAAUUAGACAAAGAGAUCGUCUUUAUUUAGAUUUAAAGCAGGAGGAAUUAUCUAAAAAUUCUUCUAUUUUCGGGAACGAGGAGUGGUAUAAAAAAGAAAUUGGCAUAAAAUGCCGAAGAAUAAUAGCCGUUCUUUCCGAAAUCGUACCUUAUUCACCACAUUUACGCAAAUCAAUCUUUCAAAGGAUUGAUGAUAACGAUGAUAUUUUUAUAUUGAUCAAAUCAACAAUAAAAAUUAUUGGGGUGUUGCGUAUCUCUGAAAAGUGUACAGGUUAUUUGUCCUCAGUUGUGUUGUUUAUGACAAAAAUUACGUCUACACCUGAAUUUUCUGAACGACAUCUUUGUGUUAAAGAAAUUAUCAAAGAAAUUAUUUUUACACGUCCCACAUUAAAAACGUUAGAAUACAUUUGCGAAUUUUUAAAAGAAUCCGUUUUUAAUGAAGAUUUCGUUCAAAACUUGUGUACAAGAACAUCACAAAGAAGUUAUUCUAGAAGUAGUGAUCAAUUAGUUUUACGUUGCAAUGAAGGUUUUAUUUCUUAAAAUUAUUAAAUCGCAUCAUAAUGA